AUGGUAUCCUCCGCCCAGAUAGACGAUCUCGCAAAUGCCAUCGUCGCUCGAUUUCUACGGACAAAUGCCUACUCCGAGACUUUGCAAGCUUUUAUUCGCGAGGCGGGUCUUCCCCCGGACGCGGGGCAGGCUUCUGGCGAUAACACUCACAACUUGACGAUCCAAAGCUUGCUGGAAGAAAAGAGGGCGUAUGACCACAGUGUCAACUUUGAGCGACUUGGAAAUGAAAGCGGAGAAAUUUCCUUUUGGCAGCUUCCGGCACCGUCCAAACCGACUAUUAUUUCUACCCCAACAUCAUCAAACCUACUGGCAGCGUCAGUAGAGUAUUGGUAUAGCCCUGGCCAUGACCCUGCAUCAGCACGGCCAUGCAUUUUUUCCACGGGUGCCGACAAGCAGAUGCAUGUGCUUGAGACUGUAUCCCAAAAUGAAGCCAUCACUUCAUUCUCGGGCCUGUCUGACUCGCCUGUACUCUCAUUCGCGCCAAUUCUCCGAGGCCGAUACAUUCUGAUGACCAAUAUGUCGGGGCAUCUGCUCCUCCAGCGAGGCGCGAGGAUCUUGCAAAGCAGGAAAGACUACGCAAAGUACGCCGUCAAGGUCGUUGUACACGAGGAAGCGGACGAUGCGGGUCUUGAAACGACCUUCUGGGUUGCUACCGCUGGUUGGGACGCGACUGUCUUGUUAUACCGACUCACUAUCUACCAUGGGAGCCAGGUUCCAGCACCUAUGCUUAAUGCCCCCGUUGCACGCAUCAAAUUGACUACAAACCCGGAGUCUGUGCUAUUUGUACGCCACGUCGACACGGGCGAGCUGCUACUCCUUGUUUCACGCCGCGACUCGAGUUCUAUCUAUUAUUACAAGGUGGACACAAGCCUGGAGAAUGGCCCAUAUCACACGGAAGGCGACAAUGUUCCAAGCUCACCACCUGAAUGUCGUCUCCUUGGGCAGCAGAACCUGGCGCCUCACUCUAAUGCCUGGGUGGCUUUCUCACCGUCUCACAUGGCUCUCAGCCCUCUCGACCCAGGUCUACUUGCUGUGGCGACAUCCUCAGAACCACACAUGAAGGUGAUCAUCGUGCGCCUACUUUUCCCGUCGACCGCUUCCUCCGAUGAGUCCAAUCCGUCUGCUUCGGAUGCGGCCGUUACGCAAGCGUCACAGGCCAUGGAAGCACUGGCCUUGCAGAACCGGGAAGACGCUGCGAUCCUGAUACAGGCGAAUACAUUUGCUCCUCAGACAUCUUAUUCGACGCCGCAGGUGGCUUGGCGGCCUGAUGGGUCUGGUGUCUGGGUGAAUGGGGAUGAUGGUGUGGUGAGAGGUAUCGAGAUUAAGACUGGGAACGUGGUUGCCAUGUUGAAAGAAGGCCAUGAACCCGGGUGUAAGGUGCGGACUAUCUGGGCCGGAUACGUUGAUGUGCGCAACGACGGCAAAGAUGUGAGGGAGGAAUGGGUGAUUAGUGGUGGAUUUGAUAAACGGUUGAUUGUAUGGAAAGUAUGA